UUUCGAGCAUGGGCGGACGUCAUUGUGUUUUGCUCCCGCGCGGCUUCCGUCCUUGUUAUGUUUUGUGGGCAGUCCUAUCCAAGAUGGCGGAGCAGCUGGACAGAGUCAGGAUCUCAGCCGCAGAACUUCGAGCUGAGGCGUCCAACAAACCUUCUGACACCGGCGACUCGUGCAAAGAGAACUGUCCCACGGGCAAGAAGUCCUGGCGGCAUCCUGACGUGAAACGUUAUCAGCGAGUACCUGGACAGGGACGACAUCGUCGUGAAAGUGAAGAGGCAGAAACUGCUCCAAGUGACCGUGGACCCCGGAUCUCCGACUCACAAGGCUUGAACCAAAGAACAAAACCAAAGAACACCAAAAAAAGCCUCCCUGCUUCGGGGAGAUCGGAUUGCACAGAGGCUGCCAUGAGUGCGGGUGAAAGACCCGACGGGAGGCUAAAAAGUGACGGUGGUAGUGCUGUGAAUUGCAAAGGGGAUGCCUGCCCUCAGCUUAAAACCGAGGACCCCAGGGACAAAGACUUUGGUCAAAAUGACCGGGAAGGCCUGGAACUUGCGGGUGCUGCUAAGCCAAGGAAAGCCCGCAAGCCUGACCGUGAAUUUUAUCAGCCUGGAAGUCGCAAAAACGUACAGGGAAAAGACAGCGGAGCGGGGAAUAAUAAAGAAGUUAAAGGUACCCAGGAAACCGUGAAGUUGGCUAAACCCAAUGAGAGUAGCAAAGAUGGCGGAAGAACUCCCUCUGAUGCUGCAGUGGACAGUCUCGCGAGUCAAACGGAGAAACUCAGCGUCAAAGGAAAGGCUAAAGGCAGCGACGAAGCGGGCGGCAGGAAAGGGAAGACAGCCGACAAGGAAAGAAGAGAGCAGGGCGGUGGGACCAAAGAUGAGGAGGGAGAGAAGAAGCGAAACCGCAGGAGGAGAGGAAGCGACAAGGAGAGGAAUCAAGAGUGCAGGAGAGGAGAGGAUGGCGGUGUGAGAGCGGAGAGGGGAAACCAGCACGAGAGAACCGAAGCUGAGCGGGCGAAUAAGGCAGGGAAGGAUGGAGAGAUGCUGCUGAACAAAGGAAGAGAGAACCACAGAAAAAGUGACAACAACAGCAGCAGCCGAGCCAGAGAGCAGCCUGACAAGGACGCUCCAGCACAAAGAAACGUGGAGAGGAAAGCGAGCAAAUCAAACGUCACCACGAUGACCUCGAAGCGUUAUUCGAAAUCCGACAUCCGGCGCCCUCGCAAUCGUACUUACAGCAGCAGCUCAGCCAGCAGCGCGGACAGAACCAGGUGUCCGCCUUCGGCAUCCAAGCCCGACAACAGAGAAAAGGGGACGACUAGCGAGGGGGGGCGUAGACCCCAUUUGCAGAGCUGGUCUACCAACCGGGACUCGUCCACGGACUCGAGGGAAGGAAGCGAGAUGAGCGACGACAAGACCAGGACGUACAGGAAGGACGGCCCGAGUGCGGACAGGAGGAGGGAAGAGCGCAACAGGCCUAAAGGGAACAAAGGCAGAGGGCGAGGAAUCCUUAGAGUGUCCUUGGAAAAACAGGCUAGUUCCUCAUCUCGUGGCGGGGAAUGCCACAAGCAGGUCCCGGGACCUCGGGGUCGGGGUGGGGGUAUCCUGGUCCUGCCGUCCCGCACCGACAUCUCCAAUUCACCCGUGGUCGGUCAAAGGCUGCUCUUUGGUGGGAAUAGAGGAGGGGCCACGUCCAGGGCGCGCGGGGGCCGUGGAGGAGGAGCGAGGCGACUCUGGGAUCCAAACAAUCCUGACCAGAAACCUGCGCUUACUCCCAGCCAGUCCUCGCAGCAUCCGUCCCUGCAGCAGCCGGUCUACCUCCAGACGGGGACUGGAUAUGGACAACUUCACUUUCUGGACACAGAUGAUGAAGUGUCAGGAAGCCCCCCGGUCCACCAGGGGGACAACUUCCGCUCCCAGCAGCAGGCCGCGACCUUGGCCUACUAUAAGUUCCAGAACUCGGACAACCCCUACUGCUACCCUGUGCCUGCCAGCGGCCCGGCCAAUCCCGGCACGGGCCAGCGCUACCCCUUCCCCUACAUGGGCCCCUACCAGAUAGCCAACGGAGUGUACCCGGGGCAGUUCUGUGCCACUUACAGAGGUUACUCGCAGCCGGGAAGUGGUCUGACAUUGGAGGAGGCGGAGCUACACGCCAGAGGCGAGCUGGGUCGGCUGCUGAGGGCUGCGGACUCCCAGGAGCUGCAGCUCAGCAACCUGCUGUCCCGGGACGGACUCAGCGCUGACGGACUGGAGCGCAUGGCCCAGCUCAGAGUGGAGCUGCUGGGGCUCUACGAGCGCGUGGUUCUGACGGACAUCGAACUCGCGGACUCGCAGAGCGUGGACCAAGCUCUGUGGAAGAACGUCUUCUACCAAGUCAUUGAACGCUUCCGUCAGCUGCUCAAAGACCCCGCCUCUGACAACACGCCGCACAUCAGGAACAUGCUUCUCACGCUGCUUGAUGAGGGAGCACAGUUCUUUGACACUCUGCUCCAGAAGCUGCAGACCGUCUACCACUUCAGCCUGGACGACUACAUGGACGGCAUGGCCAUCCGGGCACGGCCCCUGCGCAAAUCCGUGAAGUACGCGCUCAUCAGCGCUCAGAGGUGCAUGAUCUGUCAAGGAGACAUCGCUCGUUACCGAGAACAAGCCAGCGACACCGCCAACUACGGGAAAGCACGCAGCUGGUACCUGAAAGCCCAGCAGAUCGCCCCUAAAAAUGGCCGACCGUACAACCAGCUGGCCCUGCUGGCGGUCUACACCAAGCGCAAGUUGGACGCGGUGUACUACUACAUGCGCAGCCUGGCGGCGUCCAACCCCAUCCUGACGGCCAAGGAAAGCCUCAUGAGCCUGUUCGAAGAAGCCAAGCGCAAGACGGAGCAGCUGGAGCGCCGCCGGAGGCAGGAGGAGCAAGAGGGAGGCUCCAGGGGUCCCGCCGUCAGGGGGAGAGCGAGGGUAGAGGAGGGCGCGCGGUCGGAGAUGUGGGUUCGCCCGAGCGGACAAGCGGCGAGGGCGUCAUCCCAGAGAGCAGGAAGUGAGUCCAGCAGGGAUUCGGAGCAAGAUGGAGAGCUCAGCAGCCUCAGCGCCAGUGACCUCAACAAGAGAUUCAUCCUCAGUUUCCUGCACGCACACGGAAAGCUCUUCACCAAAGUGGGCAUGGAGUCUUUCCCCAGGGUGGCCAGGCGGGUUCUGCAGGAGUUCCGGGCGCUGCUCCAGCACGGUCCCUCGCUGCUGGGCAGCACACACAUGCUGCAGAUCGUCACCAUCAACAUGUUCAUCAUCCACAACACGCUCAGUCGAGGAGACGAAGGAGAAACCCGCUCGCUGCUGCAGGAUCAGAGCACGGCGCUGGGCCUGGCCAUGUUUGCGCUGAUGGUGCAACGCUGCACGGAGCUGCUGAGGGACGUUCCUUCAGCUGCUGCAGCCAUGUCGGAGGAAGAGCAGGAGGAGACGGAGAACGAGCUGGAGGGUCUGGUGAAGGUGUCGGACUUCCCCGCGGACCUCCGAGAACUCCUGCCGAGCAUCAAGGUGUGGUCGGACUGGAUGCUGGGACACCCGGACCAGUGGAACCCGCCCCCCUGCAGUGUGGACUGCAGCCCCGACGUGUGGCAGUGCCUGGCCAGCCUGUGCAACGUGUUGGCCCGCGUGGACCACGGCGAGGCGCCGCUCUACAAGGCGGACACGGACGACGGCGAGGGAGACGAGGAGCUGAGCGUGCUGCAGCUGAAGGAGGACAGGCUGCUGGCCGGCUUCGUCCCCCUGCUGGCGGCGCCGCAGGAGCCGUGCUACGUCGACCGGCACGCCGACACGGCCAUGGCGGCAGACUGCAAGAGAGUGACUGUGCUCAAGUACUUCCUGGAGGCUUUGUGCGGACAGGAAGAACCCCUGCUGGCCUUCAAAGGAGGCAAAUACAUCUCCGUGGCUCCUCCUCCACCCAACUCUGUGGAUGUGAAGACCAGGCAGGACUCUCUGUCAGAGAAGGAGACGGACGAUGUCAUUGUGGAGGCGGAGUCGUCUCUGUCUGCGUCCGACGGCGAGGAAGACGAGGAGGAGGCGGGGGACAGCGAGAGCGACAUCAGGCGCCUGAAGGCUCGCCGUCACGUCCUGGCCAACAAAGUGGCGCAGGAGCAGAAGCGCAGGGAUAAAAUCCAGGCGGUGCUGCAGACCAGUGGACAGCUGCAGCUGGAGGUCAGGCCUCUCUUUUUGGUCCCAGACACCAACGGCUUCAUCGACCAUUUGGCGGCGCUGCAGCGACUCCUCCAGUGUGGCACGUACAUCAUCGUGGUGCCGCUCAUCGUCAUCACGGAGCUGGACGGCCUGGCUAAAGGACAGGAGCCUUUUGGCGGAGGACCGGGACACGGCGGCGGCAGUCGCGGCAACUCCAACGUCAGCGCGGCGCACGUGCGCGCCGUGCAGGAGAAGGCGCGUUUGGCAGUGAUGUUUUUGGAGCAAGGCUUCGAAGCGCGGGAGCCGCGCCUCCUAGCGCUCACCAGUAGAGGGAACCAGCUAGAGUCCAUCGCCUUUCGCAGUGAAGACACGUCGGGCCAGCAGGGCAACAACGAUGACGUCAUCCUGUCCUGCUGCCUCCACUACUGCAAAGACAAGGCCAAGGACUUCACGCCGGACCAGAGAAAUGGCACGGUGAGGCUGCAGAGGGAGGUGGUGCUCCUCACCGACGACCGCAACCUGCGCGUCAAGGCUUUGACCCGCAACGUCCCCGUCAGAGACAUCCCCGCCUUCCUCAGCUGGGCCAAAGUGGGCUGAACGGCGCCGGGAAGGUCCGAUCCGCGACUGCCGAAGCCCGCUUGCCACUCGACCAGGAAGGACGGAAACUGCAGGAAAUGAUGGGAAGUAGUGAGAGAUGCUGGUUCCUCCUCCUCGUUAUAGUGUGUGUGCGUGAGUGUGUGUGUGUGUGUGUGUGUGUGUGUGUGUGUGUGUGUGUGCUUUGCCCACAAGGGGCCGUGAGACUUGACAGUGAAAGGCCAGGAAGGAAGCGAAGGUGUUGAUUUGACGUGUGACUGUCCUCUGCUCAUGAGCGCCACCACCACCACCACCACCGCCGCCACACUUCUCACAGAGAGCCACACCACAAGGGGGCGCUGCCCGCGGUCUAGGUGUGGCCCAGGGCCAGCAGGUGUUUUCCCCGCCAACAGGAAGUGUGAAGAACCGGCUCGGCGACUUCGCCCUCAGGUUUGGUCGUCGGAACGCUUUUAGGAAGAAAAAAAAAACCCUUUGUUUUCACGCCUUUCAAGCGACUCCACCUCUUUUCCGCUAAAGCUCACGUUACAUUCCAGACGUCUGCUCGUUACAGUGAAGCACCGCAGUGACUUUGUCGGUGAGGACAUUUCCCCCGUUCUGCAAGUCUUUCACACAAAUAUUUCCUCACUCGCUUCUACUUCUUGAUCCUUUUGUGUUGCUUCUGCUUCAUGGCAUGGAGACCAUUAAACAGGAAUGAGCUCCACCUGACUUGAUGAUGUCAUUACAAUGGGGAAAAAGUCACCUUUUACACAAAUACGCGAAAAACCACAAAAGCAGUGAAGUU